AUGCAGACGAAACAUUUCAUUGACGACCCGGUUCACCUCGUGAGCACCGCACUUCACUCACUGACCCUGACCAACCCUUCCCUUGCAUUCGAUGCACAGAACAAGAUUGUAUAUCGCCGACCCUCGAAAGAAUUGACCGAGAAUGCCAAGGUUUCCAUCAUUUCUGGUGGAGGAUCUGGCCAUGAGCCUGGAUUCGCUGGCUUUGUGGGCAAAGGCCUGUUGACUGCUGGAGUAGCCGGCAGCAUCUUUGCCUCGCCCUCAGCCGAACAAGUGAGGAGAGCUAUUUUGACAAGAGUACCCACAGAGAAGGGAGUCUUCGUUAUCACAAUGAACUAUACUGGUGAUGUCCUGAACUUCGGCAUGGCUGCUGAGAAGGCCAAAGCUACAGGCAUCGACACAGAGUUCUUCGCCAUCGGCGAUGAUGUAGGCGUGGGCCGAGAGAAGGGUGGAAAAGUCGGGAGAAGAGGUAUCGGAGGUGGCAUAUUGGUGUUGAAAUCCAUUGGUGCCUUGGCAGAGGCAGGUGGAAGCCUGCAGGAGGUCUACAAGCUAGCCAAGCAAGUCGCCGGGAAUAUCGUGUCCGUCGGAGCCUCUCUGGAGCAUGUCCACGUCCCAGGACGCGCUGUACCCGACCCCAAUUCUGAUGAGAUUAUCCCCACCACCGAGAUCGAGGUUGGUAUGGGUAUCCACAACGAGCCUGGUAGCCAUCGAGUCACUGCAACCCUCCCUGAGCUCAUCAAAGUUAUUCUCGGGCAAAUGCUCGACCCCAAUGAUAAAGACAGGUAUUUUGUCGACAUCAAGAAGGGAGAUAAAUUCGUGCUGUUUAUCAACAAUCUUGGUGGCGUUUCCAUGCUCGAACUCGCAGGCAUUCUGGCCGAAAUCCACAAGCAGCUGAAGGAGGACUGGGAUAUUGUACCGGUCCGUGUCAUUGCGGGUACAUUCCUCACAUCUUUGAACGGAAUGGGAUUUUCUGCGUCCUUACUCAAGCUCGAAGACACGGGGCUCGGCAGCGGCAAGUCUAUGCUCGAGCUGUUGGACGCUCCUUCAGAAGCUGUGGGAUGGGCGGCUGCUAUCUCGACCUCCACAUGGGAUGCGGAUAAUACUGCUACUGCGGACAGCCACGCCGCCAUCUCAGGGGACGCAAAAGCCAGUAACCUCACUCUCGACCCAAAGAAGGCACAAAAAGCACUCGACGGGGGGAUCGAAAAGGUCAUUGCCGCUGAGCCUGAUGUCACCAAAUAUGACACGAUCGUUGGCGACGGUGAUUGUGGUAUUGGCCUCAAGCGUGGUGCUGAGGCUGUUCGAAAGGAUUUGGCAUCCGGUGACCUACCUACAGACGCGGUCGCAUUUGUUAACAAGAUCAUCACCGUGGUCGAGAACACCAUGGAUGGCACAUCUGGAGCCAUUUAUGCCAUCUUCCUUAAUGCAUUGGCCCAUGGUCUGAGAGAGCAAGACACUGGUUCCUCAAAGGAGGUUGACGCAAAAGUCUGGGCCGCAGCAUUAAAAUCCAGUCUGCAGGCAUUGGCCAAGUACACACCUGCAGCGGUUGGUGACAGGACAUUAAUGGAUGCUUUGGUACCGUUCGUCGAGACGCUAGACAGCACUGGAGAUGUCAAGAAGGCUGCCGAGGCUGCCAAAGAAGGUGCGGAGAAGACGAAAAACCUCAAAGCCAGCUUGGGAAGAGCGGUGUAUGUCGGCGCGGAACAGGAAUGGAUGGGCAAAAUCCCAGAUCCCGGUGCAUGGGGCUUGCAGGAAUUCCUAGUUGGACUGGCUGAGGGUGUAUAA